CGGACAAUGUCACCCUCUUUUACGGUAUUAUUCGGUAUCUAACGGAGGCAAUGCUCUAGUGUGGGCUUCCUCCAACGCACACCCCGCGUUUUAACACCCUUUAUUUAUCCUUUUUAUUGGUGCUGGCGGUGCACGGAGGAGGCUGGCGGUGGACGGAGCGGCCGCCGCGGAGCUUUCAUAAGUUUCCAUCCGGCUCACUGUUGACAUAAAGCAGCCUCCGGUGGAAGACGUCGUCGGGGCAAAAUCCGAGUCACAAGACUCCACCGAGCUGGAGUAACGGCUGCUUUCUCUCUCUCUCUCUCUCCUCAGGGUUUGAAAGGAUGGAGAACCCCGGCUACUGCUCCGGGAGCUUUGACGGUCUUCAUCACCCAAGUGACGAUGAUGAUGAUGAUAUGGUGGAUAUUGCAGGGGCCACAUUGGACUUCUCCAGCACCGACGACGUCCCCCCUCUCAGCUCAGGAGGUUAUGAGGAGUACAGCAGCAGCAGCAGAGCAGCCGGCAUGAACGGUAACGGCCCCGCUAAACUUGUGGACCCGCUGGAGGACCCGGUUCCCGGAUUGGGCACCUACGAGGACUUCAACACGAUCGACUGGGUCAGAGAGAAGAGCAAGGACCGCGACAGACACAGAGAGAUCACCAAGAAGAGCAGACAGUCGACUGUGGCUCUGCUGCACAGCGUCAGCGAUGCCUUCUCUGGAUGGCUGCUCAUGCUGCUGGUGGGACUCAUGUCAGGCGCUCUUGCCGGCGGCAUUGACAUCGCAGCCCACUGGCUGACGGACAUGAAGGACGGGGUUUGCCUCAUCGGCUUCUGGUUCAACCACGAGCACUGCUGCUGGACGUCCAACGAGACGACGUUUCAGGAGAGGGACCGGUGUCCACAGUGGCAGAGCUGGGGUGAGCUCAUAACGGGGACGUCAGAGGGUGCGUUCGCCUACAUAAUGAACUACCUGAUGUACAUCUUCUGGGCUUUACUCUUCUCUUUCCUGGCCGUCACGUUGGUCAGGGCCUUCGCUCCUUACGCAUGUGGCUCAGGAAUACCAGAGAUUAAAACCAUCCUGAGCGGCUUCAUCAUCCGCGGCUACCUGGGGAAGUGGACCCUGAUCAUCAAGACCAUCACCCUGGUUUUAGCCGUCUCCUCUGGGCUCAGUUUAGGGAAGGAGGGCCCUCUGGUACACGUCGCCUGCUGCUGCGCUAAUAUACUGUGUCAUCUCUUCACCAAGUACCGCAAGAAUGAGGCCAAGCGGCGAGAGGUGUUAUCUGCAGCGGCAGCAGUGGGUGUGUCUGUGGCCUUCGGUGCUCCCAUAGGAGGAGUCCUGUUCAGCCUGGAGGAGGUGAGCUAUUACUUCCCCCUGAAGACCCUGUGGCGUUCGUUCUUCGCCGCCCUGGUCGCAGCCUUCACCCUGCGCUCCAUCAACCCGUUUGGAAACAGCCGCCUGGUGCUGUUCUACGUGGAGUUUCAUGCCCCUUGGCACCUGGUGGAGCUGGCCCCCUUCGUCCUGCUGGGAAUAUUCGGAGGCCUCUGGGGGGCGCUGUUCAUCAAGGCCAACAUUGCCUGGUGCAGGAUACGUAAAUCUACUCGUCUGGGUCACUACCCCGUCACUGAGGUGCUGGUGGUGGCGGCUUUGACCGCCCUGCUCGCCUACCCGAACAGCUACACCAGGAUGAGUGGAGCCGAGCUCAUCUCUGAGCUGUUCAACGACUGCUCUCUGCUCGACUCCUCUCAGCUCUGCGGCUACAAACAGCCAACGAACACAUCAGAAACAGGUGUAGGUAAUAGCCUAGCUGACCGGCCCGCUGGAGAAGGCCUGUACACCGCUCUGUGGCAGCUGGCCCUGGCCUUAAUCUUCAAGAUGAUGAUCACUGUGAUUACCUUUGGAAUGAAGGUUCCCUCUGGUCUCUUCAUCCCCAGCAUGGCAGUCGGAGCCAUAGCCGGCAGGCUGCUGGGUGUCGGCAUGGAGCAGCUGGCCUACUACAACCACGACUGGUUAAUCUUCAAAGGGUGGUGCUCGCCAGGAGCAGACUGCAUCACUCCGGGGCUUUACGCUAUGGUCGGAGCCGCCGCAUGUUUAGGUGGAGUGACACGUAUGACGGUGUCGCUGGUAGUCAUCAUGUUUGAGCUGACUGGCGGUCUGGAGUAUAUUGUCCCCCUCAUGGCUGCAACCAUGACCAGCAAAUGGGUGGCAGAUGCUUUUGGAAGAGAGGGAAUCUACGAGGCUCACAUAAGGCUUAAUGGAUACCCGUUCCUGGAGCCUAAAGAGGAGUUUGAGCACAGCAGCCUGGCUGUGGACGUGAUGAGGCCCAGGAGGUCGGACCCGGCACUGGCUGUGCUCACACAGGAGGGGAUGACUGUAGGAGAGGUCGAGACCUUGGUGGAAAGCACCCACUACAGUGGCUUCCCUGUGGUCGUCUCUCAGGAGUCCCAGAGGCUUGUGGGAUUUGUACUCAGAAGAGACCUGCUCAUAUCAAUAGACAACGCCCGAAAGCGCCAGGAGGGCAUCGUCAGCGCUUCCCAGGUGGUCUUUACUGAGCAUGCUCCAGCUCAGGCUCCUGAAGCUCCGCCACCCCUCCGCCUCAGAGGGAUCAUGGACCUGAGCCCCUUCACGGUCACCGACCACACGCCUAUGGACAUCACUGUGGAUAUAUUCAGGAAACUGGGGCUACGCCAGUGUCUGGUUACACAUAACGGGAGGCUGCUGGGAAUAAUCACUAAGAAGGACAUACUGAAACACAUGGCGCAGAUAGCCAACAGAGACCCCGACUCCAUCCUCUUCAACUGAACUCCUCCAUCCUUCCUCUUCGUCAUCCUUCCAUCGCUCCUCUGUAGACCAGGGGAGGAGAAGACACCAGCUCGCACUCUCCAAAAAUGCACCUUUUAACCCUUUUCAACUUUUUAAAACGGCUGUUCAGGGAAAGCCAAGUAAGUUGAGCUCCAUUUGCACAGGCGACAGAGAACAAUGGAAGUUUUGUUUUUUUGGGGGUUUUUUUUGUAGGAUGGAGGCGUUUUUGGCCAAUGAGAGAAAAAAAAUAGCUCUCAGAAACAAUGACUCAUCCUUAACUGACACUGCAAUUUCAUAUUUAACCCAGAAGGACGUAGGACAGAUACACAUGAGAAAUAAGUCAGUGGAAUAUUUCACAUCUGCUCCUUUUGGCUUUUUUUCAUUCUCCUUUUAUUUUGAAAGAAAAAAAAAAGUGAGAAAAUAUCACCCUCCAUUGGCCGUCUCGCUUCUCUGCUACACCUAAAGAGAAAAAUAAACACUUUAAGAAAGGAGGUUGGGAACAGAUAAUCCUCUGUUACGGAUACUGACAAGAGGCGAGGAAGAGAAAUAAUGACAUCAGGGGAAGAUAAAGAGGGUUUGGGGAGCUCCGUGCCUGCCCUCCGGCCGUCACAGCGAGCCCGGGCAGAGCACUCUGAGCCCUGGCUGAUGGAUGCUCCACCCUCCUCUUCCCUCCCUCCUCCUGCGAGGUUUCCUGUAGCCUCGGGUGCGACGUAUACAGGAGUGUGAGAAGAGGAUCUAAUACACACACUUACACUCCAUAAAGACUUCAUGACAGCCUGGGAACUCUCCUGAAAUGUCUUUUUGUCUUAUAGACUCUAUAUCAAGAGAGAUUUGUAACACGGCGUGAGACUCCAGCCUGGGAACUAUGCAGCGCCGACCCGCUCCGAUUGGCAUCAUGAACAGUUACAAAGUUAAAAUCAUACACGCAUAAUGACAAUGCUGCAAAAACAACCAUGUCAGGCCUUAUGGAAGGGUUUCUGGGCUGCCGUGGAAGGGCUAAAAAUACAAGAAGAGAGAGAAUCAUGACACAUGAAUUAAUUUAUGUAAAUGUUAAAUUGUUUGUCCCACUAAAUUAUUUCACUGACGUAAAAA